UCCAAUCCGCUCACAGUUCUUGCGUUGUUUCGCGCGUCUAUCGGCCCAAGGUGCGUGUUGGUGUUGCAGUUCCGUACGUGCGACCAGAUCAACUGCGUGAGCUUUGAGAUUCCAACAUGACCUGGCAGAGGGUACAAAAAGGAGCUUCUCUCCUUCCAGCGCAACCUUAACGCCCGUACUACCGCUGUCGGACGUCUUAACCACGGUAGUUCAUCACCACGUCUGCGGCUAUUGCAUGCCGGCGUGCUUUCGAAGUACUUUCGGCAGGUGAGCGAUCGCGCCGCUACAGCGAAGAAAAAAACGAUUAACCAUGGGCAAGUGCUGCAUCCCGGGCUGUCGCAACUCGCGCGAGCGUAUACCGGGCCUCACGUUUCACCAAAUUCCGUCGAAUGAACCGUGGCGUACAAUGUGGAUGGAAGUACUCACCGAGAACGGUGUCAAGGCGUUCACCGAAUGGACUCUCGUUUGCGGCGAGCAUUUCACGCACGAAGACUACAAGAUGACAGCGCGCAAGAACUUCCUGCUGCCCUCGGCCGUGCCGUCCGUGUUCACGAUCAGGCCUUGCAGGAACGCGCCGAAGAAACGGGGUCGCAAGCCCAAGGCUUUGUUGCUGCACCAGCAGCAGCAGCAGUUCGCGACUCGAGCGGGUGCACCGCAAAGAGUGACAGUUCUGCGAUCUGUAGUCGCCGAGGACGCCGAUGCUGCGGAUGACGACGAAGACUACGACCCGAGGAGCGGCGGUAGCGGUGGCGUGCGCCGCACGGGCCGUCCGCGCAAACAGAAGGUGUUUACGGACAUGGUGGUCUACAUGCCCAAAACGGCGUCCGACCCGCCACAGGCCGAAAACGACGAGGAAGACGCCGGCGGUGAUAUGCAGACGAUCACCCUGACGUUUCCGCGCGAAGGCGAAGAUGGAGACGGUGCUUCGGAGGAGUACGGCGCGACGUCGUCUGCUGCGAAGUCGUCGGAUGUCGUGCAUCUCGAAGAGUUCUCGCAGCCUGCUGCCGCGGCGUCAGACGAGGCGGUGCAGCUUAGUGAGAGCGGCGACAAGCAGCCGCCAAAGAACCUGAACGUCAUCGUCUUCACCAAUCAACGGCGCCCGGCGUCGACUUCCGCUAGGACUCGAGCCGACGACCUCGGCACUGGAAGCGCGGAGGUCAACGAAUCCUCGUCGAAUUACCCGGGCCGGCCCAAGCGACGCUGCUGCCAGAUACAGACACAGCGGCUGCUGUUUUACAAGAGCGUAAUCACGAAGCUCAGGAAACGUGUCCUGGCCCUCGAGGACAGUUUGGCCGAGAAGGAAAAGGAACUGGCAGCUAUUGCAGCUCAAAAAGACCUUGAAAUGGUGUAGUAUAUAGUGACCAAUUUUAAGAAUGAAAAGGCAAUGACAACAUGGCCGUCAUCAUCGAUACUGUGCACACUAUUUUUGGUUUUCCAAGUGUGGCUCUUGAAUAAGGGAAUGCCACUUUAUGCAUAGGAUGGCCUGUUUAAUGUUCAAAAUAAAAAGUAUAGGUAUUUGCACAGAAA